AUGUCGAUCGAUGCGAUUAAUCGGAUCACCAGGAAAUUCAGCUACGCCUCGUUUUUGCAGACAGAUGCCCUGGAAGAUGGCCGCUACUACCAGACGACCGCCUCGCCGCACUCCAGAUUUGGCACCAGCGCCCAUAACUUGAGCACCACCCCGAUGUAUCACGAAGGUCCCAGCGUUGCGCUGGUUGAGGAGAGCCAGACGACCCCGCAGCGAUUGGCUAACUUUUUCUCCCGCCCAUUCCGCACAAAUCCGCUGAAACGCACGAAAAGCGUCUCCAAGUUGGAUCGUCGCGCCCAGCCCAGCGAUAGGGUGGUCGUCCGGCAGCCCGACUUCAAGCAGUCCCAAGAGAAUCUACAGCCGCUCAAUGGGCUCCAAAGGCGGAAUUUGUAUCAGCAGGACCAGAAUUUGUUACGGUCAAGCCGUUCCCACGAGAGUCUCCUCAGCUACUCCACCGCCACCCACAUGAUCGAUUUGAGAGAUCAAUCCGCUCGCCCUCACCCUGUUCACCCAUCAGUCUUGGAUGUUCCGAACUGCUUCCGCGUCGCCAACACGUACUACGCGUGCCGCACGCCGUUGGAGCGGGCGAAAUGGAUUGAAAAUCUCCGACGAACGAUGAACCCGCGUCGGGACUCGCAGCGGAGAACAGAGCACGCACUGCAAGUAUGGGUCCUCGAAGCAAAGGGAAUUCCGGCAAAGAGAAAAUACUUCUGUGAGCUCUGCUUGGACAAGGUCCUGUACGCGCGCACUUCAGCAAAGCCGCUGAUGGGAAUAUGUUUUUGGGGACAGCACUUUGAUUUCAGCAUGCUUCCAAAAGUCGAAAAUCUCUGCAUCAACCUCUACCGUGAAGCCGAUCCCAAGAAAAAGAAGGACCGCUGCACCCUAAUCGGCUACGUCAACAUUAAAACUGAAGACGUCGCGUCGAGGCAUCCACUGGAGCGAUGGUACACAGUCACCCAAGCCGCCGAGGGAUCGUCAAAGAGCAAAUCUGGCUCGCGGGAAGAGCAGCCGGCCAUCAGAAUUAAGGCCAGAUGGCAGCAGGUUGAGAUUCUACCCCUGCAUGCCUACGAUGAGCUGCUGAACUUCCUGAUGUACAAGAAGAACUACCUGCCGUUGUGCCAGCAACUCGAGCCGGUGUUGGGUGUUAAGGCAAAGGAAGACGUCGCCACGGCCCUCGUCCGCAUCAUGCACCGAAAACGCCUUGCACCCCAAUUCUUCUGUGAAGUCGUCAUGGACGAGGUCCAACUCCUCGAAAAUGAGCACCUCAUGUUCCGCGGAAACUCCUUGGCCACCAAGUCGAUGGAGGCGUUCAUGAAGCUCGUGGCGGAGGACUACCUCAAGAAGACGCUCGCCGACUUCAUCCGCCAGCUUCUGGAUGGGGAUGAGGACUGCGAGGUCGACCCUCUCAAGCUCCCUGGAGCCUCGAACUCCCUUCUGGAACGUCACCGUGCCAAUCUCAUGCUUCACGUGGAGACGGCCUGGGGAAAGAUCAUGAACUCGACCGCCAACUUCCCGCUGGAACUCCGUGAAGUCUUCCGAACUAUUCGGGAACGUUUGGACCUAAAUGGAAGGAGAGACAUGGCCGACAAUCUGGUGUCGUCGUGCAUUUUCUUGCGCUAUCUUUGCCCCGCCAUCCUCAGCCCAAGUCUCUUCGACUUGGUGGCGGAGUAUCCGACCCCGAAGGCCAGCCGCAACUUGACGCUCAUCGCCAAGACGCUCCAGAACCUCGCCAACUUCACCAAGUUCGGCGGCAAGGAGUCGUACAUGGAGUUUAUGAACGAGUUUGUCGAGCGCGAGUGGGAGAACAUGCACGACUACCUGAUGCGCGUCUCUCAGCGGGCCGGCCAGAGCAGCGAGUGCGAGUACUUUGUGGACGAGGGCAAGGAGUUGAGCCUGUUGGCGAGUUAUUUGGAUGAGGUCUGGACCGCUGAGGUCGAGAAGAAAGCCGCCGAAAAGGAUCGUCGUGUUGUCGACCUUCGCCAGAUCCUCGACGACCUGAAUGACUGCAAGAGGCGCUCCACCGCGACGCUGAACAAUUCGCUCAGCGACUACGAUAACAACUCGGUCUUCCGUGGCUCCAGAAACCAAAACCUGCCCGUCUACUCGCCGCCCCACAACGGCCAGGCGAUCAUCUCCAGGGCGCAGCCGGCCAAGCACUUGCAUACUGCUGACGACUAUGUGAUGGGCACAGUUUUCAACGAGGCCCUGAACGAGUCUUUGGCCGUGCGGCAGGCUGGCCUCCAUGUUCAGCAGAAUCGGAAGCAGCCGAGGACCACGCCGAGGGCUGACACUUACCGAGUUGAUGACGCAACCACAAGCUCGCGAACAAGCACCAACACCGCGUCGAGCUCGUUGAGUGAGGCGAGGGAUGAUAGCGAUAGUGAAAAUGAGCCCCACCUCAGCCGUCGCACCAAACGCCGCGACGGCCACAUCAUCGAGCCGGGGAGCAGCAACGGGUCGGCAAAGGCUGUGCCGAGCAGUGGCUACCAGAGCAAUAAUCCUAGCAGCUAUAACACCUCUUCCGCGUCGUCGUCCCCUGUCGAGCGGACCUCAGCCCUGACAAUCGCCAGCCCGGCCUUUGUCACCCCGAGCGUGCCGAAGGCCUCGUCAAACUACAGGAGAUCAUCACCGCCUACCUACGAUCAAGCUGGACAGUACUCCAGGCUGGCACCGGGCUACCAAGUGCAAGACCCCAACGAACUUUCCCCGGGCGCCAAUAGCUCGAUCUCGGGCACGUCAUCAAGCUGUAAGAGCUCGCUACCAAGGACGAAUCUAAGGACAAACCCGUGGCAACAGAGGAACCAGCAGAUUAGCCCGAACGGAUACCCAAGAAUGGGAGCCGCCGUCACUCGACCCCAAGUGAUCCCCGACUACGAGACAGUUCCGGUCAAUAACAACGAAAAGUGGACCGAUGAGGUCUGGAAUAAGCCGCAGAUCGAGCAGACACAGGCGAGCAUCAUCGAAAAGCAGCAGCGCGAGAUCGAGCGGCUGAUGAUGGAGAACGAGAAGCUGCGCCGGCAAAUGUCUGACGUGCCACCGUUGAAGGACCCGUCCACACAGCUAAUCGACAGCGGCGCUUCCGAGGACUCGUUCUGCUCGACCGGCUCGAUCGAUCGGCGCCACCGCGGGAACCAGCUGCCCAGAAACCUCAGCGCGCUUGAAGCGCUCAAAACCCGCGAAGGAAAAUAUCUAAAAGCGAAGCUGAUCACCAAGCGAUUGACUGCUCCCUUAGUUCGAUUCAUCAAUGCUCAUGUCUACAGAAUCGUCUGUGCACUCGAGGCGGACUCGUUGAUCACAUUACGAUGCCCCGAAUUCAGCUUUAAGUUCGAGGAGAAGGACCAUGUCAAAAUUCAAGCACUUUUUACGACGCUGGUUUCCGAGUGGAGGGCCGGCACCUGGCAGAUCAUCUUCGGUGAAUGCUUUGUCGAGUCGAGCUAUAUUCCGGAAUUCAUGCGUGACGCAAUACUAAAUGGUGUCAUCACAGAAGGGCAAAGGAAACUGCAGAUCGAGUCCUUCGGAGGCUGCGUCUAUCAAUUUCGGGAAGCUUCU